GUCCGUCACCAGUACCUUCUGGAUGUACGUAGCACAGUAGUCGCCUGUACCAGUCACCGUGGAAUGUGGGGGUUGGUUGCUUCUAUCCCACCGAUUGUACCCAGUACUUCUCGGUUCCGUGAGCUUGGAAGGUACGGAGUAUGUACCUCGUACCUCGUAUAGUAUGUUAGUAUGUUACCCUGCAACAACUCUUGAGUCAAGUACUGAGUACCAGCUGCUUAGGUACUACUUAUGCUUUAGUAUGGAAACUCUGCCUAGUAAGGUACCUGGUUUUACUGGUACCGACCGGUGGUCACUGGUAAGUAACCAAGUACGUAGAAGUAAAAGACUCACCCACUCACCCACUCACUCACUCACCCACAGAAUAACUAGUAGUGGUAUGAUUCGAUUCUAGCCUAUUCCAGUAGUCGUGCCACUCACCUCAACGUCUUCCUCACAGCGUCACCAGGUCCUUUUCCUUUCCCCACCGAGUCAUACCUCGAUC